GAAGCUAUCGAUACAGAACAUUUUGAGAGCGACCUUUUUGUGGCCUUGUUUGCCGACGCCAGACAUGACGAGCCAACUUCCGCUGCGUCGAACUCUUGCAGUGUCCACGUCAGCUCCGCGAGGUGGCGCCCGAAACCAUCCCCGGGGACGCGCGCUAUUGUCUCCUUUCUCCUUCCUCCUGCACCCGUCGCCAUGGUGCAGAUGAUGGAGUCUCAGUGCGAGUAUUUCAUGUAUUUCCCGGCGGUGCCCAUCACGGACCUGUCCGAGCCCGCCCGGUACCGAACCCUCCCGCGCCGGAGCCACCUCUACCUCGGAGAGACGGUCCGCUUCCUCUUGGUGCUUCGCUGCAGGGACGCUGGCAGGGCGACGCCGACCGAGCCGGGCCCCGGGGACGACGCCCCGGCGGGUUUCGGGAGCGAGUCGUGCGGCGGUCGGGCCUGGCGCCAGCUGGCCGGCUCGCUUUGCGCGGUGGCCAGCGUUAGUCCGGGUGAGAGCGGUCGCCACAGGGCCGGCCAGCACCAGCACGACUACGACGACGGCGGCGGCGACGACUACAUGGCGGCGGCCGAGGCGGCCAUCGCGGCGCUGGGCAGCAGGGUGGAUUCGCGAUGUCGGGCCUUCAGGGACUGCAAGCCGCUGCUCAUCCACAACUCGCGCGGCCCGGUCGGCCGGGAGCUCCGCAAGGCUCCGGUCCAGGUCGGUGGAGAAUGUGUGAGAAGUCCACAGUGUCUGAAGCGCUUGUAUGUCUUUGUCUUUCACCCCGUGCAGUCUCCCCUGGACGACCCCAUGGUUCUGGCAGACGAGGUCAUCUUCCCACUCACCGUCUCCUUAGACAAACUCCCCGUCGGCACCGUCAAAGUCAAGGUGAUGGUCACGGUGUGGAAGAAGGAGGCGGAGCAAGCGGAGGUGCAGGAGCUGGGCUACCUGAGCGUCCUGCAGCAGCGAGAGCCGUCGCUCACCUUCAGACACGACCUGAACACCUUCAAGGCUCAAGUGAGCACCACGUUGACCGUCCUGCCGCCUCCCGCAGUCCGCUGCAAGCUGAUGAGCGUUUCAGGGCGCCACCUGGCUGUCAUCAAAGUGCUUAACAAGUCAUCCCAGGAGGAGGUGAGCGUGAGGGACCUUCGUAUUCUGCCAGACCUGAACGCCUCCUACCUGCCCGUGAUGCCCGACGGCUCCGUGCUGCUGGUGGAUAACGUUUGCCACCGUUCGGCCGAGGUGGGCAUGGCGUCUUUCUGCAAGGUGGACAGCGUGGCGUGCCGCCUUCCCAGCAUGCUUGGGGCCUUGGAGGAGCACGACUUCCUGUUCCAGCUGCACCUCAACGACAUGCCACAGGAUGAGUCCAACGAGGGGAUGGAGGUUCCUCUGGUUGCCGUGCUGCAGUGGUCGACUCCCAAGAUGCCUUUCACCAACUGCAUCUACACCCAUUACAGGUUACCAAGCGUCCGUCUGGACCGGCCGAGAUUCGUGAUGACGGCCAGCUGUCCCAGCACCGUCAAGGUCAAAGAGCACUUCAAGGUCAAAUACGUGUUGCUCAACAACCUCCAGGACUUCCUGUCCGUCCGGCUCGUCUGGACACCUGAGGGGCGCGGUCAGAGCGAGGACGCCACGCUAUCCGCCGUGGUGUGCCACACCCCCCUCAGUAAUUUAGGCCACUGUCGCAAAGGCUGCACCCUGACCUUCAGCGUGGCCUUCCAGAUCCUCCGUCCAGGACUGUACGAGCUCAGUCAGCACAUGAAGCUCAAGCUCCAGUUCACGGCGUCCGUGUCCAACCCGCCGCCCGACGCCAGGUCGCUCUCACGAAAGAACAGCCCGUCCAGCCCGGCGAUGCGAGACCUGCUGGACCGCCACCAGGCCAGUUUGGGUCGCUCCCAGUCCUUUUCCCACCAGCAGCCGUCUCGCUCGCACAUCAUGAGGACGGGUAGCGCCAUGGAGCGGCGGGCCAUCACCCCCCCGGUGGGCUCUCCGGUGGGCCGGCCGCUGUACUUGCCCCCUCAGGACAAAAGCCUCCUGUCGCUUGACAAGAUCGCCAAGCGGGAGUGUAAAGUUCUGGUGGUGGAUCCGGAACGUGGGGAGAACAUCUAGGACGGCCGGCGCAACAUUGACGUCGCCUACGAGGUCUUCCAAAAGCGACGUGUCGGCGCAGGACCCUCAGGAGGACGUCAAAAAGGACUUCCAAACGCUACCAGUUGCGGUUUUUUGUGCUCUUCUGUAGAAAUAUUGCUUGUGGAGUACUUGAUUUAUUAGUACGAGCAGUAAUAUGAAUAAGAAGGGGUCAAGGAGGUCAUUUUUGCAGUGUUAUUAAGCUACAUCAGUAUAAACAAUAAAACACAUCAUAUGACAGAAUAAAGUUUUGAAUUCAUGUUCAAUUUUAUGACUUCAUUUCUCCAUCUCAUUCGUGGUCAUUUACAAAAUAAUUCCUGUAUUAAUAACGUUAAAAUAAAGCCUGGAUUAUGAAACAAAUCGUACAGCAGUACAAAUAUUAUUGCCAAUGAAUACAAGUGCCAUUUUCCAUUCUAAUCAUUAACUAAAAACUGCCAUUCACGGAGCGCACCUGAACGCCAUGCAUGAAAAGCGGAUUACAGUAAUUUCUCGAUUAUGAUGCGACCUGAAAUAUAAUGCGCAUCCCCAAAGUUGACCUAAAAAAAAAAAAAAAUCAGGAAAACCCUUCUAACAAUGAACAAUGCGCACCACCAAUUUGCUGCAAUCCAUAUGCUCAAAAAUAUUGGGAAUUAUCUGUAUUUCUAUUUUGCUAGGUUUGUACUUUUAUUGUAUUUCAAAAAAAUCAGUCAUGAAUAAUUAUCUUUGUGCAUGUACUGGUGCAGCAGUAAUAUAUAUCUCGGGCAAUUGUUAUGCUGUGAAGCACUAUCAUCAUAAUGUAGCAAAAAAAACAGCAUUUUUUUGUCAUAAAACAUGAAAUUUCAGUUGGAUAUAUUUUUGGAAAUAUGGGAAAAUACAUACAAAUAAUAGUAUAAAUACAAUACGCGUUGUUCAUUUGUUGUCUCUGCGAUAUCCCAUUUCAGACAGAAAAUUGAAACUUGUUUCCUCGCAUUUGAAAAUCAAAUUCAACUAGCAGAGUUCUGUAUUAUAUGAAAUUCAUCCCAAAAUUUUACAGAAAAUGUGUUUUCUUGCUUAUCCACCGAUGAAGUUUGGGAAAAUAUUGACAUCACUUUUUCCCGAAAAACCGUCGGCCUAUAAAACUGAAGCGGAGAGUGAACAGUGAAACAACAACAACCGGGAACAAAACUUUGUUCAAGUGAAUUAAGCUCAGAAAAUUAAAAAAAUACCUCUACAAACAAACUUUAACAGUAUCAGAGUAAAUCUUUCUAAUUUACCUGUGGAAUGUUUUCUCACAGCCACGAAACCGGUGAUUAACGCACAGAUCGCCAUUAUUUUUUUUAGAUUAGUGUAUGCGCUAUCCUUUUAAAAUAAUAAUAAUAAUGAUAAUAACCGUACGAUCGUACUACGCAGUUUAAGCGUAUGUUGUU